AAAGUCAAACUUGCAGCUCACAAUUUUGGUAAACAUACAAAUUACAAAUAAAAAUAAAUUUUAUCGAAACAAAUUUAAUUUAAAUCCUAUAACUAAGCACUUAAAAUAGAAUUAAUUUAAUAAAACUUUCAUACAGAGUAAAGAUAAUAAAAAUAACUUUGAAAUGGAAAUAAGUAUCAAAUGGAAUGUGUGUCGCAUUUGUAUGGAGGAAGAAGGUAAACGCGUCGUGUUGCAUCCAAUCUUCGAAGUUCCAACGCUACCAAACGAUAUCUUUCUAUGCUCAGGAAUAGAGCUUAAAAGAACCGACAAUUUACCAGACAAAAUAUGCCAAAGAUGCCUUUCAAUUUUGAGAUAUGCCACCAAAUUCCGCGAAACAUGUCAAAGGACCACAGAAUACCUGAAUCAUAUUAUACUAAAAACACAAACUGCAUCAAAAAUAUUUAAAUCAAAUAAAAACACUACAGAAUCAGAAGGGGCGUUUGAAAAUAUCGACUUCCUUGAAGAUGAUCAGGCGACUAUUGAAGUCGAUGGCUUGACUAUCGACAGCAAUGACGCUCAAUUCAUUGAUUCAAAUGACAUCCAGUACGUUAUUCAAGAUGUGGAAGUUAUCCCUUCGCCAGCUGGUAAUUGUUCGUCUUUUAAAGCCGGCGAAAUAGAUGAAAUAAAUCUGGUAGAAGAAGAAGAUACAGUUUUUGAUGAAAAUAGCCAAACAAACGACUUGCAGUCUGAUGGGAUUUCUGUUAAGGGUAGCGAAAUAGAUCAAUGUGAUCAAGAGGAAUAUGAAAUGACUUACAUGUCGGAAGAUGAUAUUAAACAAGAAAUCAUUGAAGAACGAGAUGAGCAUCGAGUUGGUGGUGAUGAUGAUUCACAAAGUUUUGCUGAAACAAUGAAUCACAUAAGUGAACUAAUUCAUUCCGAAGACAAUAAACCUGAUCCAACGGAAAUUAAGGAGGAAAUAAAACCAACCAUUCGGAAGUAUAUUCAGAGAGCGAAACCUAAUAAGGCAAAUGCAUUUAUUUGUGACAUAUGUGGGAAUCAUUUUAAAAAGAAAUGUCUUCUCAGUUUUCAUAUGAAAAUCCAUCGAAACGAAAAGAAUUAUGCCUGCGAAAUAUGCAGCAAGCGGUUUAACUCACCCUGCAAUCUGAGAGCACACAUAAGAGUUCACACUGGAGAAAAACCGUUUCAUUGUCAGUAUUGUGACAGAAAAUUUGCCGAUCGCAGCACACAAAUAAAACAUGAAAGAAUACACACCAAUGAGAAACCUUAUAAUUGUUCAACUUGUGGAAAAGCAUUUUCCCUUACAACAUCACUUAAGGCUCAUGAAAAAAUGCACACAGGAGAAAGGCCUUACAAAUGUGAACCUUGUUCGAAAGCAUUUACCCUGCCACAUCAAUUAAAGGCUCAUCUGCAGACGAAUAUGCAUCGUAUUAUAACAGAGAUUUAUCAAUAUGAAGAAUAUUAUCAAUGGAAUAUUAUCAAUGUUAUAAACACAGUUUUUAUGAUUUAUUUAUAUUUUAGAAUAUGCAGCAAGCGGUUUAACUCACCCUGCAAUCUGAGAGCACACAUAAGAGUUCACACUGGAGAAAAACCGUUUCAUUGUCAGUAUUGUGACAGAAAAUUUGCCGAUCGCAGCACACAAAUAAAACAUGAAAGAAUACACACCAAUGAGAAACCUUAUAAUUGUUCAACUUGUGGAAAAGCAUUUUCCCUUACAACAUCACUUAAGGCUCAUGAAAAAAUGCACACAGGAGAAAGGCCUUACAAAUGUGAACCUUGUUCGAAAGCAUUUACCCUGCCACAUCAAUUAAAGGCUCAUCUGCAGACGAAUAUGCAUCGUAUUAUAACAGAGAUUUAGUUUAUCUUAUUUGAAGGAGUAGUUUUAAUGUUAGAAAAUAAAAUCUUUAAUUUAAGAAUUAGUAAUACAAAUACAAACACAAAAGUGUA